ACGACAUCCACUGAGAGGAACGAACAUUAGUGUUCCUCGUGCCAGGGAAGGAAGCCCAUCAGCUGAUCCGGCAGCUUCGGACAUCAACCCGAGACUUUAUAGAUCUCGCUUGUUUUUCCUUCAAGUUUCGUGACGGAGAUAUUCAGUAAAAUAUCAGAAGUCAAGUGCAUGUCCCGAUAUGGCACCGAGACCAGAAUUGGAGCGAUCCACAGGAAAUUUAUGCACCGCAGACUCUAUUGGGCAUUCGACGCCCGUUACCUCACACAAAGGUGACAUCAAAGAUGGGACUGGAUCGCCUCGCUCACUUAAGAGCGAUUCGAUCACCGUUACAGUCCCACCUGACGGCGGAUGGGGUUGGGCAGUCCUUUUUGGCACCAUGCUGGUCAAUCUGGUGACCAUCGGACAUGUCAAAUCCUUUGGGGUGUACUUCCCCAAUCUCAUGCAACAUUUUUCUGCAUCUCCUUCGCGCGUAGCAUGGAUCCAGGCGCUACAGAUCUCCACCUGUACCUUUCUAUAUAUGUGAAUAAUCCCGAUUGAUUCCCGAUUUUACAUUAUUUCUCCAUGCAGAAGAUAUUAUUCUCAUCGGUCGGAGAACGGACGAUAG